CAUGCCGGUCUGCGUUGGUUGUUCGCGUCGAACCACUUGGACGAGCGCCCGCCGUUGACCUCCUUCAUAUCGAACCAUCUUUCAACUCAAAACGAUAAAAGUUAUUAUAACAUCUAUCUCUUUUUUUUUUUUUUUUUUUACGAUUUUACGAACAGCCUUUGUGGUGGACAUGCCCAUUGCUGCACUGUGGUGAUAUCACUUGUUUCAUCCCAUUGCAUGCUUCAGCGGCAAGCUUUGCCACACGUCAACGUCCUAUCCCUCCAGUGCCCCACACGGAUGCCUUGUAAUUUCGUUUCACCCUCGACGCCUUUUAGACGCCGCCUUGAUCUGUUCCUGUCACUUUCUCCGCUCCGUUUGCGAGGUUGUCCUCACUGGGGGAACUUUACCAAUACUGUCGUUCCCAUGAUCUUCAUCAUAUUUGAUAACUAUGCAUAUGAACUUGGAGUCAAAACUGUGCUCGCAGGCAUCCUCGCCUUGCUACUUGGUCUCGUUGGAUUUGUUAUUAGUAUAUUUGCUCUCGGAGUAUUCUGGAUUGUACCUGCGAUGAGGACGCAGACCCCACCCUACCGAGAACCAAAUCGUCGUCAUCCACUCCAUCGUAGUCUCAACAGGCCCCGUGGUCCUGUAUUUACUUCCUCCCCAGAACCUAUACUUCAGGAAUUACCAUCAAUAUCUCUUCUGUCCAAGGCUCCUUCCCUUCGGCGAGCAUCGUCUUUUCCCGACUUGCAUAAAACGCCUUCUCUCAAGGAAAGACCCGCUGUGAGCUCGAGACAUGUUUCUUUCAAUCUCGACGCUCCGGAAUCCUACAAUUCAAGUUUGGCGAGGUCCGUCAGCAUGAACCCAUCUCCGAUGCCACCGACAAUUCAGCGUCGCUGGCCACCUGCACUAUCUCCGUUCUCCAGGCGUAAAUCGACACAAGGGGAGUCUGCAUCAUGCUCACCCACUGUACGUGAUGAAAGUAGUACCAUCACGUGCGAUCACAACUCGCCCACGUCAAAGAGUGCCUGUGUGCACGACCUUCCACUCAAGUGUUUCGACGAGCAUUGUGAAUGUCGCGGUCGUCGAAAUAGCACGGGCUGUGAUGAACAUGGCAUAAUGAACCGGCCUCAAGUGGACACUCUUUCCGAAGGGACAGCUUCUACGCGCUCGUCAAAAACCAUGUCUUUACGGUUACCAUCUGUUCGGAAAGCCUUCAGCGGAAAACGUCGUCCAGCAAGCGUUCCGCCGCGUGCGCCCGUUGUGAUCAACGUCAGCACGAAGGAGCAGUCUCAACAGCAACAAUCUGCACCCGAGUCCUCCGUGAAGUUGUUGCCAUCCCCCCCUCCCUUCCCGACAUCUGGUGAAAUGUAUCGCGCUGAAUUCGUGAGUCCUUUCCGGACGAAGAAACGAAAGAAACUUGAGUCUUCGAAAUCCAGUCGCAACCCGAUGUUUUCAUUCUCUAGUCCAUGGUCAAGUCCCAAACCUGCGGGGUUGUCGCCCGAUGUACAUCCCACGACAUCGUCAACUUCUGUUUUUACGAACUCACCAUCUGCACUUCGUAGGACGUUCGCGAGCCGCUUCACUCCUUUGUUCAAGUCACCUGCUAUCGGUUCUCCUUCUAGCUUAGAAUUUCCGUCCCCCUUACCUUCGCCGCCGCUACAGAUGGACGUGCCGAAGUUGACGGGCAAGUAUUCCUCGCGGUCUGUUCCUCGCACACAACCGUACGGUCCUCCUUGGAAUGCUGUGAUGCCAGGGCAACAUCACGAUCUGGUCAAUGGCAGCCUGGAUGACAUUAUUAUCGAGAGACCACGUCGCAGAAGAUCCAAUGGAACUGAAAGCCGUCGGGGGUUCAAGUCGCCCUCUAGCACCCUUCCGCCGAUAGACGCCUCUGAGGGCGAGUACACGCCUGAAAAUCUUGUGGAUGAGCUAGAUCAACGUGUAUCGGCUUUAACGCACUCUCAGGAUGCUGUUCCAGGUGCUUCCGCUGAGGUAGCUCAGCAAACACUUCGGAAGUCUUUGACUUGCGUCGGCGAACCCGUGAGACGCGAGUCCGCUAUCUUGUGGACGAUCGCAGGCCUUGAACAAGCUGUUGGCAUCUCAUCGGAUGAAUGUAGUUAAUUUCUCUUGUCAGUUAGUCAUGUUUUUUUUACUUCAGCGCAAUUGUACAUACGGGCACAUAGCAAUACCACUUUUAGCAUAUAUUCUCCAUGAAACGUUGGCAUAGCAUACACUCGGGUCAUGGCAAUCAUCGCAGUACAUCAUCUGAUAAUAUUUUCGCAACAAUGUCUAUUGAAACUUCUCAACUCGACA